CUUUAUCUUGUAGCUUCAGUUGGUUUCAGGGGACUUUAUCGCAGACGGACUGUCAAAAUGACAUAAACACAGUAAGCCAAGCCGCAAACCGUCUCCAUCUGAUGACUUCACAGCCACCUGACGGGCCAAAAUUACCAGCCCCUUGAACAUCGUAGUCUGUGCAUGGGGAUUUGACUGUUUUUUCUUGCCCAAACUGUGUGUAUCUGGCUAAGUAAUGUAGUUUGCCACCCAAAUUGGCUCAAUUUGGGGGUCCUAGGCUGCUGCCAGUCCUGUUUAGCUCUGGCAUUAAGCCGCAGAAGCUUUCCCCCAAGAGAGGUAGUCGACUUUCCCUCCAGAGCUCGAGGCACACCACUGAAAAGGAAGACUGUAACCCUGGAUGAAGGCCCUGUCUUGAGGAGGAGAGCAGGACUUGGCUUCAGACAACAUUUUGUGAAGACUGCAAGGCUGCUUGGAUCUUUCUUACCCCUUUCUUAGCUUGCAUUUGACCAGCUGAAAGCCAGUUUGUUUUGUUGGACAUGUGGAUGCUGCUAACUUGGUUUUUGUGUCCAUUUUGGAAAACUAUCUAGUUGUGAGACUUGUAGCUCAGGGGCCUGGGCACAGCCAUGGAGGGUCUUGAGCAGCUUGACAUGGUGGGUGAUAUCAGCCCGGCUCUUGAGGCCACAGAGGACUUCAUCCACUGCAUAGAUGGGAUACAAGGCCAAGGUCCGAGCCGAGCUCAAAUAGGGACCCUCCAGCCUUCCAGGAAACCUAAGCAGCUGCAGGAGGUGUCCAAUGCGGCGCUGGGGAAGCUGAGCUCCAGCGGCGUGUGGGGCCUGCUGGCCAGAGAGCAGCCAGAGGUGGGGCCUCUAGGCCUGGCCUGGGCCGACAACUUCAGCGUGUUGGGGCUGGGGAUGAGCUUGAGGCACGGCAAGAGAAGCCGAGCGCGCUCCACCAAUGACCUGGCAGCCCAUACCAAGGAGUGCACAAACAACACUGCCAACUCCUCGACCAACUCAGCCUUCAAGAAGGGACACAACCGGUCCAGGUCGGACGUCAACUACCGGCCGUCUGCAUACACCGACAACGGCCUACCCACUGUGGACUGCAACACUCUGAAGAACAUGAUCCUCAACAACCAGCCAGAGGCUGAUAAAAGCAGCAGUAGCAGUGUUUUGAAGCAGGGUGCGAUGGAGCAGCGUGAGGGGCCUCGGGGCCGCUGGACACCUUGCCAUGUCGAGCUGACACCCUGUGAGCUCCGGCUGUACACUCUGGACAGCAGCGCCAACCGCCAGCUGGGCACCGCCUACUCUCUGUCACACUGCCAGAGCAUCAUCUUUCCAGCACCCUGCAGCCAGCCCGGCCAGAUCACCCAGCCUGCCGAUCAACGCACGCUCCAGGCUUUGUUCUUCAACAGCACGCGUCUCCAGCUGAGGGCAGCCAACCAAUGGGAGGCCAUGGAGUGGAGACGACUGAUGUGGGAGAAGGUGCAGGCAGUCAGACCUGGGAGAAAGGAGAACCACCAGCGUAAACCCGGAGUGGAAAAGCAACAGGUUGUCAAGUUUCCUGCACCCAUGUCACCGUCCUCGUCGCCCUCUCCGUCAGGGCUUGACACCCGGCCUGAUGGGGACAGCAACACCCCCACCUCAGCAGAGGCGUCAAUCUCUCUCCAGUCUAAUUCUUUCAUCCUUAGCAGACCCACCACCCUGCCACUGUUCACCCAACGCUGCCAGGACGUCCUCAAAGCUAGUCUGCUCCACCAGCUGAAGGAUCAGAACAACUGGCGGCCCUUCAACUUCAUCCUGACCAGAUCUGCUCUCAGGGCCUUCCCUACCGAGGGCCGUGGGUCUGUGUCCCAGCCUGUUCUUCAGUACUCCCUAGCCUCCUGCUUGGCCGUGCGGCAUGAUCAGGAGCCAGAGAACAGAGAGCCGUGGACAGAAAGAGGGGACUGCUUCCAGGUAGUUUUUCCCAAAGAGGUACUCAGACUUCGGGCGGACGAUCAGCUCAAGGCCCAGGAAUGGGUGAAGGCCCUGCGGGACGCCGUCGGAGCGCAGAGGCCUACCCAAGAAGAAGGGGGAAAGUCAGGGGAAGGAGCUUCAGCCCUCCAGGGAGUGCUGUUGAGAUCAAAACCACCCAGGGAGAGGAGACAGCGGGAGGCCCAGAGAGCCAAGCGGCAGUCCGUCACUACCAGUUUUCUCAGUAUUCUCACCUGUCUGGCUGUGGAGAAGGGACUGACUGCUCAGAGCUUCAGGUGUGCAGGUUGUCAGCGUCCAGUUGGUCUCUCCAAAGGAAAGGCAAAGGUCUGCUACUACAGCGGCUGGUACUACUGCCAGAGCUGCCAUCAGGACAAUUCUUUCCUCAUCCCAGCACGCCUGCUGCACAACUGGGACACCAGCAAGCACAAGGUGUCUAAACAGGCCAAGGAGUUCCUGGAGUUUGUGUAUGAGGAGCCCCUGCUGGACGUCCAGCAGCUCAACCCUUGUCUGUAUGAGCACUGUGAGCCUCUCAGCACUGUGCUGCGCCUCCGUCAGCAGCUCCAGUCACUGCGGGCCUACCUGUUCAGCUGCCGAGCAACCGUUGCCGAGGACCUCAGACGAAGGAUCUUCCCCAGGGAAUAUCUGCUACAGCACAUUCACCUGUACUCCAUUGCUGACCUGCAGCAGAGCUCGGCCACAGACUCUCACGGUGAAAGAGAUUGGACCCCCUCCUCGUCCUCGUCCUCCUCCUUCUCCUCCACUCCCACACUCUGUGUCUCUCUGCUUCACUAAUUGGUUACAUUCAGAAUCAACAGGCAGGAAAACAAAGCGUGACAUCCCUCCAUUCUUCCCA